AUUGAUUAGUUAAUUCGGCUUUGGUAGGCUGUCGUUCAUAGAGCUAAGAACUCAAAAUAUUCAGCUGAUGAGGAUAUGGAGGAGACAGAUGUUAAAGAUCCAAAUUUAAAGCAAUCUCUGGAGUCUGCUACUUCUCAGAUUAGCCAGCUAGCUCUUUCUAAUAGUCCUACUGGUGUUGCCAAUCUUGCAGCUGUUUUUCUGUUCCCGCUUUUCAUAAAUUAUUUUCAGAUGGGUGUCACUGGAGCAGCCACUGCCACUGUUGUGUCUCAAUACAUAGGUAGCUUCUUGAUGAUUUGGUUUCUUAGCAAGAGAGUAAUAUUAUUACCUCCAAAAUUUGGAGAUCUGAAGUUUGGGGUCUAUUUAAAAUCUGGUGGAUUUCUGAUUGGAAGAACUGUGGCUGUUUUGAUAACUAUGACGAUUGGGACCUCGAUGGCUGCUCGUCAAGGUCCUCUAGCUAUGGCUGCUCAUCAAAUCUGUAUGCAAGUGUGGUUGGCUGUCUCUCUUUUAACUGAUGGAUUGGCCGCAUCUGGUCAGGUCUACACUCCGAGGAAUGCGCCUAUACUAGUGAGGAAAUUGAUGUGGUUCGUGAGCAACGGGAUAAGUGUUUUACCCGCAAGUAUUUACUAUUGGCUUGAGCGCGCUUGA